GUCCACAAGCGCGCGCUCUUUGGCGUUCGAGUCGUCUCGUCGAUCGCCUUCUUCCUUCCUCCUCUCGAGAUCGAUUUCGAUCGGCGGAAAUCCCACGGGUGAAGUCGAAGAGACGCACGUUCUCGAUCCCUCGGGCUCGAUCUGAUGGCGGCCGUUCGAGUGACGAUGGACGUUGGGAGCGACGCGGUGGCGGUCAUCACCAUCCGCAACCCUCCGGUUAAUGCUUUGGCUCUUCCGAUCGUUGCUGGAUUGAAGGAGAAGUAUGCGGAGGCAAUGAGUAGGAGUGACGUCAAAGCAAUUGUCUUAACCGGGGAGGGCGGCAAGUUUUGUGGUGGUUUGGACAUCAAUAUUUUUGCUGCUGUUCAGAAAACAGGAGAUCUGUCACUGCUACCAGAUACAUCUGUUGAACUUGUGGUCAAUGUUAUUGAAGAUGCUCCAAAGCCUUCUGUUGCAGCCAUCCAAGGGCUUGCACUAGGUGGUGGUCUGGAGCUAGCGAUGGGUUGUCAUGCACGAGUUUCUACUCCCGAAGCUCAGCUUGCAUUGCCAGAAUUGGCUCUUGGUGUGGUUCCUGGAAUGGGAGGCACACAACGUCUUCCAAGGCUCGUGGGAUUGCCAAAAGCUAUAGAAAUGUUGCUGCUAUCAAAAUCAAUUAUUGCCAAGGAAGGGAAAGAAUACGGUCUUGUUGAUGCUAUUGCUUCACCUGAGGAUUUGCUGAAAACAUCACGAUUGUGGGCUCUGGAAAUUGCAGAGCAGCGUAAACCAUGGAUCAUUUCACUUCAUCGGACUGAUAGACUUGGUUCUCUUUCUGAAGCUUUUGAAACACUGACGGCUGGUAGGCAACAGGCUAAGAGGAUAGCACCUAAUGUGCCACAGCACAAGGCAUGCCUUGAUGCAAUUGAGGAAGGUAUAAAUUUUGGAGGAUAUGCUGGUCUUCUGAAGGAAGCAAAGGUUUCUAAGGAAUUAAUUUGCUCAAGUACUACAAAGGGGCUUAUUCAUGUCUUUUUUGCUCAACGUGCAACAUCAAAGGUACCUAAUGUUACUGAUGUUGGGAUCAGACCAAGGAAAAUAAAAAGAGUCGCCAUAAUUGGUGGAGGCUUAAUGGGUUCUGGAAUAGCUACUUCCUUGAUCUUAAACAAUACACCUGUUAUCCUCAAGGAAAUUGAUUCAAAUUUACUGCAGAAAGGACUGAAAAUGAUAGAAGCUAACCUUCAAAGCCUUGUGAAGAAAGGGUCGUUUACUAUUGAAAAGAUGAACAAGGCACUGCCACUUCUAACAGGUGUUUUGGAUUACUCAGAGUUCAAGAAUGUCGAUAUGGUUAUCGAGGCCGUUGUUGAAAAGGUUUCACUUAAACAGUCAAUAUUUGCUGAAAUUGAAAAAGCUUGUCCUCCACAUUGCAUUUUUGCAACCAACACAUCCACCAUUGAUCUCCAUAUUGUUGGUGAGAAGACUCAUUCUCAAGAUCGAAUUAUUGGGGCACAUUUUUUCAGUCCUGCACAUGUGAUGCCUCUGUUGGAAAUCGUUCGGACAGACAAGACAUCUCCACAAGUGAUCCUUGAUCUCAUGACCGUGGGGAAGACCAUUAAAAAAGUUCCUGUUGUGGUGGGUAACUGCACAGGCUUUGCAGUAAACCGUACAUUCUUCCCUUAUACCCAAGCAGCACAAUUCUUGGUUAAUCUAGGUGUGGAUUUGUUUAGAAUUGACAGAGUAGUCAGCAGUUUUGGCAUGCCAAUGGGCCCUUUUCAACUUCAAGACGUGAGUGGAUAUGAGGUGGCUUUGGCAGUGAAGGACUUUUUCGCUUCUUCCUUUAGGGGUCGGACAUUGGAGUCUGAACUGGUAGGAUUGAUGGUAAAACAUGGACGAAAUGGGAAAAAUAAUGGCAAGGGGUAUUAUAUAUAUGAAAGGGGACAGAACCCAAAGCCUGAUUCCAGUGUGCAACCUAUCAUAGAGGAAUGUAGAAGGCGUGCCAAUGUUAUGCCUGGCGGAAAGCCUGUUACUCUCAGUGACCAAGAAGUUCUGGAGAUGAUAUUCUUUCCAGUAGUGAAUGAGGCAUGCAGGGUCCUGGCUGAAGGGGUUGUGAUUCAAGCAUCAGAUCUUGAUGUUGCAUCUGUUCUUGGAAUGAGUUUUCCCAACUACAGGGGUGGUAUCGUAUACUGGGCUGACAGUGUCGGGUCUAGUAGCAUAUAUGAAAAGCUCAACAAAUGGACAGAGUUGUAUGGAAACUUCUUCAAACCGUCACCAUACUUGGAAGAAAGAGCCAUGAAAGGCCUGCCAUUGAGCAUGCUGCAUGUCGCGGAAUCACCGCAAAUGAAGGCUCGGAUGUAACUCCGCGAAGACCAUUGAGGUUGGUGAGUGCCACUGCAAUUUCGUUAGCUGCAGCUCUAAUAAACAGAACAAGUACCUGAUGAUAGUUUAGGGAUUUUGGUUAGCCAAACUACCAAGAAUGAUGCAGUAGGACUUGAGCCAUAUUUGUAUCAUCAUCCCCUUUUCACAACCUUUAUGCUGUUGUUUUUUUUUUUCCUUUCGAAAGAAACAUGCAACUUCUGUGUAUUCAAAAACUUGGCAGGAAGAUCUAUUUUGAGACAUUCAAGUUGGUUAA